AUGAAUGAACCCGAAGCAAUGCAAGAUGUUCCGGGACCAUCCACUCGUCCGGAUCCGCCGAGUAAAGAUGGGAUGUUCGUCCGCGAUCUCUAUCAACCGUUUGAUAUUUACAUGGACAUUGAAGAUUAUGAGGUCCUCAAGGAUUUCUUUGUCUUGGAUGUGCGCGAGGUAGCGGUUUUCUUCUUUAUUUUUGCGAUUUUCUUUCUUUUAGGUGGAUGUCCCGGAAAAAUUGAAGGUUCCGAUGGAAUUAGGUUGAUCCUUGAUGAAAAAUUGUUUUGAAUAGGUGGAACAGGUCCUAAAAGUUUUUUGAGAAGGUAUUUGCGGGACGAACUAAUUGAUUUCCGAUAUUUUUGGACCAAAUUACCUUAUAGUAGGUAUUGAACCAAAGAGAUCGCGUUUUUUCAUAGAAACUGUUAGAAUUUUUGAUUCUUGUGCUGUCAGUCAGAUAAAGUGCAUCAUAACGAUCGAUUUUAUAUACAAAUCGGCCCGGUCGUAUCUAAAUUUACUUUUGGUUUGUCAAAUUCUUUCACGGUUUCAUGAGUUUCCGUUUUUUGCACAAUUUUUAAAUUCAGAUCUCUCUGAACUGGCUCUCUAAGUGCCAAGUUGUCCUCGCUGUGGCCACUCAUCCUAUGACUGAUGUAACAGUCGGGGCUAUUAUGAAUAAUUACCUUAAUUACACGUUUCGAAGUGCAAUUGCCAUGGAUAAGGUGGUUUGUAGUAAUGCACUUGUUGGAAUCAAUGUAAUUAGACGGUUUGAAGGUCGCAUGCCAUUAAUAGGAUGAAAGGAGUUGUUGAGCGUAUUACACUCGGCAUUGUGCACGAGAAAAGGGGAAAUUUGAGACAUGCAGCCGGCUUAUGGGAUUGGAGCUACAAAAUUUGUAAAUUGAGUAAAUAAGUGGGGCUUUUUUUGGGUAAUUUGUGAAAAAUAUUGCAUUUGAGAGCUAUUUUUGGCAUUCUCGAUGCUAUUUUUGAGGGAAAUGUGAAAAUUUUAUAUUACACUUGACAUCAAAAAAAUUUUUGUUUUUGACAUCAAAAGUAAUGUCAAUGUGGAAUAUGAUCUUCGAGUUGUUGAAUAAUCAGUUUCGUCUAUUUUCAGGACGAUGUUGAUGAUUUACUUGGCGAGAAUGCGGACGUUCCGCAAGCCCAAACCUCUGCCAUGAAUGGGACCAGCUCCUCUCCAAACCCCUUCACGGCCACCGAGCCAGCCGACGAGAACACUCGACCAUCCGAAGAAGACAUUUUUGCCACCCCACCGGUCCUAAAUUUGAUGGCCGAACUGAAAGUUCCAAUUACAAUCACAGCGCGGGAGGUCUACAGUGUUUGCCAAAAAAGGAAGAACCGCAUUCCGAAUUCGCAGGUUUUCGAUGAACGAUGCGGACCACCAAAGGUCCCAUCACCGCCAAAGGACCCAAAGAUUAAUUUGCAUCCGCAGGUCAGCUUUUUUUUUUUGAGUGUUUCUUUGAUUUUAGUUGAUCUGGAAUUUGAUGAAGAAUUUUGUCCCAGUUUGUGGAUUUUAUCCCAAAUUUCUGGAUGAGUAGGACACCUAUUUGGUCAUGAUAGGAUUGUCAUUGAUAUUAGUGCAAUUUCGCACCUCUGUUUCGCAUUUUUUCCCUACUAAUUUAUAUUACUUCAGGUCCCUCUGAUCUACGUCGAAAAUGAUCGCGAUGCCAAGUCAAUUGAGCUCCAAAACUUUUGCUACAAAAGCACAAUCGCUGUUGUUCGUGGACUCACGUCGGCAUUAAAAGUGGACCUCUCUCAGUUCUCAACGAAGACCCUGAUUCUCACCGAUCGUAACCAUGAAGUGGAGGUCCGGACCCAGCUAAAAAUGCCCGGCGAUGCCAACCUGGACAACUUGGGAAGACCCACAUGGUCUUGUUAUUCAGCCAAGAGCUUCUCAUCCGUGGGGAGAUACGGACAAUAUCAGGUGAGAAAUUUUUUUCAAUUUUUGAUCGAGUUUAGGCGAAUUUUGAUGAAACAAGGUUAAUAUUGCUGUGUUUUUGGAUCUUUUUUUGUGGAUUUGAGGUUUAAAUGACUGAUUUAAGAUUCAGAAUGUUUUUUGAGCAAGUUGGGAGAUUUUUUUUCAAUAACUUUUGCCUAGUACAAUAUAAAUUUUUUUGAUUUUUUGGUUUUUUUUUGCUGUUAAUGGCUUUGUUAUUGUUUGUAUUAAUCUUUUUUCACCUUUAGGCCGAAUCGUUCCGCCAUUCCUUAAAGGAAGAGACUGAAAAACUCCGUAAUGUCAAACAAACUCCCCCAACUCAGCGCGCUGUCAACGGAGAACCGGCCCCAAAACGACGAAAGGCCGCUGUGGCUGCGAUCCAAGCCGAAGCAGAAGCCCAGACCAACCUGAUCCCCACGAAAACCAUCAAGUUUGGAACGAACGUCGACCUCUCUGAUGAAAUCAAAUUCAGUCGACAGCUUACGGUAAGGUCUUUAAAGUUUUUUUUUUGGUUUUUAGGGAGGUCUGGACGAAAAAUUUCGUAGAAAAUCGCAAAGUUUUGAUUUUAUUUUGGUCAUUCUUUGCAGGAAUUGGCGAAAAUGCCCGCCUUCUGCCGCCUCCACUCGGCCUCGAAUCUGCUCUCCUAUCUGGACUUUAAGGUCCUCGGAAUGAACACGGUACAGCUGUACAUGAAGGUGCCCGGCUGCAGGACACCCGGCCAUUUGGAGAACAAUUCUUUCGCCAGUGUCAAUAUUAAUAUUGGUCCCGGGGAGUGCGAAUGGUUCGGUGUUGCUUGGGAAUACUACCCCAUGAUCGACAAAAUGUGCAGAGAGUAGGUUGAACAUUGAUUUGGGGGAUUUUGGAAAUGAUUUUUGGAUUUUUUGUGAAUUUUUUUUGGGAUUUUACAUUUUUUAAAGUUUUUUUUUGAAUUUUUUAAAAAUUUUUUGGAAUUUUAAAAAUUUUUUUGGGAUUUUUAAAAAUUUUUUGGGAUUUUUGCAAUUUUUUGGGAUUUUUUAAAAAAAUUUUUGGGAUUUUUUAAAAUUUUUUUGGGAUUUUUCAAAAUUUUUUUUUGAUUUUUUAAUUUUUUGAAUUUUUUAAAAAUUUUGGAUGUUCUUCUUGAGUUUUUUUUCAUUCGAUUUGUAAUAAUUUUUUCUUGCAGACGAGGCCUCGACUUCCUGCGCGGCGCCUGGUGGCCCAGCUACGACGAGCUGAUCGAGGCCGGCAUCCCGGUCUACCGGUUCACGCAAAAGGCCGGCGACCUGGUUUGGGUGGGCGGCGGCUGCGUCCACUGGGUCCAAGCCACCGGCUGGUGCAACAACAUUGCCUGGAACGUCGGUCCCAGCACCGCAUUUCAAAUGGAAAUGGCCAUCCGCGCCUACGAAUGGAACCGCUUGAACUCGUACCGCUCCUUGGUCCCAAUGCAACAUUUGUGCUGGCAGAUCGCCCGAGCCCUCCGAUUCACGGACCAGAAACUCUACAACUUGGUGAAAGGAGUGUUGAUUCGAAGCUUCGCCUACUCGAAAAUGGUCAUGGACUUUGCGGAGGAACAUGGGAACAUGACCGUCAAGUUCCAGUCCAGAAUCAAAAAUGAAGGCGCUCACUACUGCAAUUUGUGCGAGGUAGGUUGAUUUGGGCGUUGUGGGAGAGUUUGAGGAGUUUUUGUGAGAGUUGGGGUCGAUUUGGAGGCUUUUUUGAGGAACUCAGAUUUUCGUGGUGGGACCCGGGAGAGGGUUAGGUGGAGUUGGAAAAAGAAGGCUUGAAGUCUUGUAGCGGGUUAGUGGAUUGAUAUAUGUAACCUUCUAGUGUGUUUUAAUAAAUUUUGAAGGUUUUGAGAGGAUUUACAGUAAUUGAAGUUUUCGUGGUGGGACCCGGGAGAGGGUUUAGUGGAGUUGGAAAAAGAAGGCUUGAAGUCUUGUAGCGGGUUAGUGGAUUGAUUUACUUAAUAUUCUAGUGUUUUACAUUGAUUUUGGAAGCAUUUACAUUAGUUGAAGUUUUCCUGGUGGGACCCGGACAUGAGUAAGAUGAAGAUUUUUAUGGUGAAAUAAAAUGAUGAUAGGGGCAAAAAUUGAUUUGAAGAUGAGUGUAAUUUGAUUUUUUAUUACAGCUGGAAGUUUUCAACAUCCUGUUCGUCAAGGAAUUCAACAGCAAAUUCCGAGUUUUCUGCGUCUCUUGCGCCAAGAGAGGAAAUAUCAAGGAAUACAUUUUGCUCCAACAAUACACCUUUGAUGAGCUGUCCAGCGUGUUUGAUCAAUUCCAAUAUGUGUCGGUAAGCGGGAUUUUUUGGUGAAAAAAUGAAAUUUUUUGAUUUUUUGCUCGUUUUUAUAUUAUCCUUGAUGAUUUUGAGGGUUUUAAAUUUAUUUUGGCUAUUUUCAGGGCAAAGCCGGCCUGAUCUGCUAA